UGUAAUGAGAGCAAAAGUAACUCCGGCUGCCUGAGCUGUUUACAAGCAACAUACUUUAGCUAGCUUAACUAGUUAGUUGGCUGUUGUAGAACAACAAUGUAGGUUAACCUGGCCGAACUGGAGUACAAUGGUAAGAGGAAACACAGUUUGCGUUAAUGGUGCUAGUGUGCUGCCUUGUCAACUUGUUAGCGUCGUCGCCGCUUUGCUAGCAAAGAAGGCAAGAGUGGUUCAUUAGCAAGCUAAGCUAAAUGAACCAAAGCAAUGUCAAGUUAUAACCUUCCACCGGUGCGGAAUUUGCCGCAAUGGACCCGAGUUGGGCGCCUCGGGAAACCUCGCUGUCCACUGCGUCUACCGGUGCACCAGCAGCUGAUGCCUGCCGUCCCGUCAGCGGACAGUGGAGUGGGGCCAGGAGCGGAGGUGUCCUGUCACAGCGACGUGGACCCCCGCGUCGCCUCCAUGCAGAGGAAUAUCCAGUUCCUCCAGCAGCAACACAAGGAGACUCUGGAGAAGCUCCAUGCCGAGAUAGAGUAUCUCAGACGCGAGAAUAAAGAGUUGCAGUAUAAGUUAAUAAUGGAGCCUCCCAAGUCAAGUAGAAAAGGAAUGAUACACGGUCGACGAGGCAUUAGGCCGCCCACUCACGGAAGUGAAGCCCGUACAGGACUCUACCUGGAGGAGCCGUUGCAGGACACGCGACCCUCACAAGACCAAGCACUAAGCACUGGAGAGAGCAGCGAAAUUCUGGGAUCUGCCACGCAAGACCAUGGCCCAGAGCUGAAGGGCGGCCUCAUCACCUCAUUACAGCCUCUGCGAAUUCACAGCAGUCACUCCCAGCCACCACGCGCUCCCACACUACAGGAGUGUGAGGUCAUCAUUCGGCAGCUUUACAGUGCUAACAGUUUACAGUCUCAGGAAAUUGUACGUGUGAAGGCUUUGCUGAGAGAUAUUGUUUUGAGCAAGAAAAUCACCCCAGAAAACUACAUUCUGACCAAGGCCUACCUUGUUGAUGGUACCCGCAAAUCUUCAGAAGAAAAGAAAUUUCCAAAACUUGGUCUUCAAACAUUUCCAGAAAAAACUUCUGGAUCCUCUCAGUCUGGAGUGGUCCUCCCAGCCCUCAAACAGAGCCUCAGCUCCACCAUAGCAGAGAGACAGAGGAGGACCCGUGCUGUGCAGAGAGACCGCUUCAAAAGAACAGUGCAGUGACAGGAACAGAAGUACCACAGUGUCAGCUACAUGCACCUCAGGACUGGGGCUUUUCAAGCUGUUCAGACAAACCAAACCAACAAAAACUGAGUGUAGAAGAGUGGAGUAAAUUCAGUUAUGGAUAUCUUUAUGAAGUAUCCUGUGAUUAGAUUUUUUUAAAGAUGCUAUGAUGGGUUCAGAAACGUACUUAUGAAGGACAGGUAAUAUGUAAAGAGAAAAGAAACAAAAAUGAAGGUCUGUUGGCGUAAAAGCUUUUAAUUUUGCACACAAAAAGAUGAAGUCACAAAUCUAGCUCUGUACUGGGAAUUGUACAUUUAUUUUUAUCCCUUUUCAAUAACUUUUCACCAUUUUCUUUAACUUCACAUUGGCUGCUUAUGUUAGUUUCGUUUUCACUGCACAUUGGUUGUAAUUCUGCCAAAAUUAUGGUGGAAUUGUUGUAUUUCAUAUACUUUUAAUGCAGCUAAGUAUUCCAAACUUUUAUUAGUGCAAACAACCAAAGUUAAACCUCCAGAAGCACACGCAAUUAAUGAUAUAGGAUACGCCACCAGGCUUAUUUCUUAGGCAUGAUUUGUAUUGGUUUGUAUUGACAUUGUAUGGAGCACUGUCAUGUUUUAACCUGCCCAGCAUUGGCAGUCAUGCACCUACAAUACAACUAAUCGCGACAAUACAAAACUAUUAAAAUGUCUUAACACAAAAUAGCACUGUCCUCGUGUUCUUUCCUCCCAGGCUGGUCCCUCUUCUUCUCACAGAAUAUGAUUCUUUUUGUUUUUCGUGCAGUUUCCAUGUGCCUACGCUUAUGUAAGUUCUGUGUUUUAUUGUAAUGAUGAACAGUCAGGUCAUUGAGGAUGAAAAUGGAAAUGUCUUUCACUUUUUGUUUCAACAUCACAGACUUGCCAUGCUGUGAUUGCAGCAUUUCCUGCAUUAACAUUUUG